AUGCAAUUCUCUUUGCUUGCUUUCUUUGCGCCUCUCGCCCUAGCGUCCACCGUACCUCGGUACGGAGGCCGUGGCCAGGGACUCGAUAACGAUGUUGCAGACUUCGAAUGCGACCUUCCAAGCCCCCUCGACCCCUCCGGCGAUGGCCUUCACUCGGCCCAGAAGCUCUUUAGCUCCCAGGCCGCACUGGCACAGCAGGUAGGAAGGCACUCAGCCCUCGUCAAGGUACCUUCUAUAUGCUACGACGACCUGGGUCCCUUUGACGAGGAUCCGCGAUGGAAGCCAUUCUACGAAUUCCAUGAUGUGCUAGCCGAGACCUUUCCUCUGGUUCAUCAGCACUUUACCCGCGAGAAAAUCAACACCUUUGGCCUGCUCUAUACUUUGCCAGGCUCAGACCCUUCCCUCAAGCCACUCAUGCUCACGGCUCACCAGGAUGUCGUCCCGGUGGCAGAUGCAUCAACAUGGACACACCCACCCUUCGAUGCAUACUUCGACGGGACUUGGCUGUGGGGGCGUGGCUCCUCCGACGACAAGAACAGCAUGACCUCGCUGCUGUCCGCGAUCGAAUCACUCCUAGCCCAGGGCUGGUCCCCAAAGCGGACAGUGCUGCUGGCGUUUGGCUUCGAUGAGGAAUGUUCGGGAUUGAAGGGUGCUGGUUCUAUUGCCGCACACCUCAAGAGCGUCUGGGGUGAGGACUCACUCGCCAUAAUUCUUGACGAAGGCGGAAUGGGCCUGCAACAGAUCGACGACGUGCUGUACGCGCUUCCUGCCGUGACGGAGAAGGGCCAUGUGGACAUCUGGCUCGAGCUGCACGUCCAGGGCGGGCACAGCUCCAUCCCGUUCCCCCACACAGGCAUUGGAAUCAUCAGCGAGGCAGUUGUUGCGCUGGAGUCGCACCCGUACGAGCCCGUGCUCAUCAAGGACUCUCCGAUCUACAAUCACUACGUCUGCCAGGCACGCUACAGCCCGAAGGCGGAGCCGGAGGUCACAAGGCUGCUGGAGGAGGGCGACCUCGAGACGCUAGCCAAGGAAUUGGCGUCCCAGGACCGGCCCACCAACUUCAGACUGCAGACCAGCCAGGCCGUGGAUUACAUCAGCGGCGGGCAGAAGAUCAACGCCAUGCCCGAGGUCGUCAAGGCGGGCGUCAACUACCGCGUCGCGCCGCACAACUCGAUUGGCGAGAUAAUGACCAACGUCGUCGAGCACCUCGGCCCCAUUGUAGCCAAGUACGGCCUGGCCAUCAGAGCCUUCGAGGCAGACGACGAAUACAAGAGUUACACAGGCCAGCUGCAGCAGCAGCGCGGUCUCCCCGGCACCGCAGAGCCGGCCUAUGACGUCGACUACAACGGCACCCUGACGCUGACCUCGAGCCAGAAGACCCUCGCCGCGCCAGUGGCGCCCAGCUCCGGCGGUGACGCCGUGUGGGACGUCUUCGCCGGCACGAUCCGCCACGCCUUCUCCUUCCCCGGCGGCACGGUCGUGCCCGUGGGGGAGCUCAUGACGGGUAAUACCGACACCCGGCACUACCUGGACCUCACGCCUAACGUUUACCGCUGGUCGCCCACCCGCCAGGGCGGGGCCGAGAACGGGCAUACUAUCAACGAGCGCGUCAAUAUGACUGUGCACAUGGAGCUUGUGCGGUUCUACUAUGACUUUGUGAGGAACUUUGAUGCUGCUGAUGUGGCGAAGAAGGGGUCUGGGUCAGCAGAGGUUGAGUUGUAG